GAUGAGCUUUGUGGGUAUACAAUCACUGACUGUAGCCCAUCUGUUGCUGUGUGUCUGUGCAUUUGUAGACAGGGACACUUUGGGACCUCCUCUGAUCUGAUGUGGUUUGUGUGGUGACACAUCAGAGUGAUUUACUAGUCUGUGUUGUAUUGGUGUUGGUGUAGCAGGUGCAGCAGUGUUGGUGUGAACCAGCUCUGGUCUCUAACUGUCCAUUUAAACCCAGUGCUGACAGGAUGUGUGUUCCUGGAGGAUCAGUGGUUUGGGUACUGGAAUAUUUAUCGGAAGGUCUCAGGUUCAAGCCCCACUAGGUUACUUUGAAUAAAAGCGUUUAACCCAGCGGUUCGUUUCUCUUAGAUCUUGUGUUGGCAGAAAAGUGGGAUUAAUGCACAAUAACAAUGAUGAGACAGAUCUGACCGGUCUAGCACUCGCACUCUGUGUCUCUGAAGCCAGACUGUUGUCGGGUGUCCAGAAUGAGACCUGGUUCGUCAGUGUAACGUUAAGUGUUUAUAACGCCGUGCUCUCUUCCCCACAGCCGAGCUCUGGAGCUCUGUAUAAAGAAGAUGAUUUCCUCAUCAUGACCACGGCAGAGAAAGAGAAAUACAAGUGCCGGUUACCGUCUCUGUCCAGCAAGGACCAGGAUGAUGAGAAGGAGUACAUGGGUCACGGCCCCGAUGCUCUUCUUGCAGCAUUAUUUAAACAAAGAAGCUGCUCCUACAGGAUCGAGUCGUACUGGUCCUACGAGGUGUGUCAUGGUAAACAUGUGCGGCAGUACCACGAGGACAAGGAGACCGGGCAGAAGCUGAAUGUUCAGGAGUAUUACCUGGGCACCAUGACGGGUAAAGCCGCCGAUGCUACCACAGAAUCAGAAGCUGGUAAAUCGGGCGACGCCGCCAGCGUGAAACUGGACGCAGGUUCUGAGGUGCCCACUAAAAACAUCGAGGGCCAGCUGACCCCCUAUUACCCGGUGCCCAUGGGGAACGGAACCCCCUGCACGCUGAAGCAGGACACGCCGCGCUCCGCCACCGUUCUGUACGUGUGCCACCCCGAGGCCAAACACGAGAUCCUGUCGGUGGCCGAGGUGACCACGUGUGAGUACGAGGUGGUGGUGCUGACCCCGCUGCUCUGCUCUCACCCCAAAUACAGGUUCAAGACCUCACCCGUCAACGCCAUCUAUUGCCAGGCCCUGGCGGGGUCACCCCUCCGACCCCGCAGUCUGUCCCAGCUCAGCCAGCAGCAGGAGGAGCUGCUCCGCCCACACUUCAGUCCUCCCACUGAGGGCGAGGAGGAGACGUCGCCCCUGCGUGAGGAGGCCUUCAGUUCUACUCACAAACCCAUGGCUGUAGGUGGUCAAGCCCAGGUGACGGUGGGCACCACCCACAUCUCACGUCUGACCGACGAGCAGCUGAUCAAGGAGUUCCUGAGCGGCUCGUACUGCCUGCACGGGGGUGUGGGCUGGUGGAAGUACGAAUUCUGCUACGGAAAACACGUCCAUCAGUAUCACGAGGUGAGAGAAAAUGAUAAAGAACAGGGGAAGAGCAUCGUGGUGGUGGGCAGCUGGAAUCUCCUCGAGCAUCUGGACUGGUCGAAAAAGAACGUGGCUCGCGCGUACCAGCUGAAGGAGGACGGCGGUCACAAAGUGAAGGUGGUAUCGCACUUCUACGGCCACGGCGACGUGUGUGACAUGACGGGGAAGCCGAGGCAGGUCGUCGUGAAGCUCAAGUGUAAAGAAUCCGAGUCUCCUCACGCCGUCGUGGUUUAUCUGCUGGAGCCGCAGACCUGCCAGUACAUCCUCGGGGUGGAGUCUCCGGUGAUCUGUAGGAUUUUGGACACGGCGGAUGAGAACGGUCUGCUCUCGCUCCCCAGCUAAAACAUCAAAACCAAACUAUCACGGUUCAUCACCAGAGCAGGGAGAGCCUGACCUGCACCGGGGACGAGAACAUGACCCCCCCCCCCCCCCCCCCCCGUUCCUCCUGUAACACCAGAGAACUGCUCACAGCUCCUCCUCACACCCCUGAGAACCUUUUUAAUUAUUUAUUUCAUUAUUUGUAGUCCGGUUGUUGUUUACCGGCACAGAUCUGCACUCUCCCCCGCCUGUGUGCAGUACCAUCGAUCAGCCAGCAGAGGGCGGAAUUUCAUCAGGACUGAGGAACCCAGUCCGGAUUUCUUACCAGUUCGGGGUUCCAGUCUGCAGCUCUGCUGCUUUAGGUGUAAAAUAGAGUCAAAUUAUUAUUAAAGCCCUUAUAAAUAUU